GGGCCGCUGUGAGGAGGAGCCGCUCGCCGCCCGGAGAACCGCCCGGAGGAGAGCCAGCCCGGAGGCCCGACGCCCCCCGAGGAAGAGGACCAGGAGGAGGAAGGAGGAGGAGGAGGAGGAGGAGGCUUCCCCGGAGGAGGACCUGGACCCUGCUCUACAAUGGAAAAACUGCUCCUGUGCCUGCUGCUCAUUGGCGUAGUGGUGAAGGCGCAGAUCUGUCCGAAGCGGUGCGUCUGCCAGAUCCUGUCCCCGAACCUGGCCACACUUUGCGCCAAGAAAGGCCUGCUCUUUGUCCCGCCCAACAUUGACCGGCGGACGGUGGAGCUGCGCCUGGCGGACAACUUUGUCACCAGCAUCAAGCGGAAGGACUUUGCCAACAUGACCAGCCUGGUGGACCUGACCCUGUCGCGGAACACCAUCAGCUUCGUCACGCCCCACGCCUUCGCCGACCUGCGCAACCUGCGGGCCCUGCACCUGAACAGCAACCGGCUGAGCAGGAUCACCCACGACAUGCUGAGCGGGCUCACCAACCUGCACCACCUGAUCCUGAACAACAACCAGCUGACCCUGAUCUCCUCCACCGCCUUCGACGACGUCCUGGCCCUGGAGGAGCUGGACCUCUCCUACAACAACCUGGAGACCAUCCCCUGGGACGCCGUGGAGAAGAUGGUCAGCCUCCACACCCUCAGCCUGGACCACAACAUGAUCGACAACAUCCCCAAGGGCACCUUCUCCCACCUGCACAAGAUGACCCGCCUGGACGUCACCUCCAACAAGCUGCAGAAGCUCCCGCCGGACCCGCUCUUCCAGCGGGCGCAGGUCCUGGCCACCUCGGGGGUCAUCAGCCCCUCCACCUUCGCCCUCAGCUUCGGGGGCAACCCCCUGCACUGCAACUGUGAGCUGCUCUGGCUGCGGCGCCUCUCCCGCGAGGACGACCUGGAGACCUGUGCCUCUCCGGCCCUGCUCUCCGGCCGCUACUUCUGGUCAGUGCCCGAGGAGGAGUUCCUGUGCGAGCCACCGCUCAUCACGCGACACACCCAUGAGCUGCGGGUGCUGGAGGGGCAGCGGGCCACUCUGCGGUGCAAGGCCCGCGGGGACCCCGAGCCCACCAUCCACUGGAUCUCCCCCGAGAACAAGCUCAUUUCCAACGCCACCCGCUCGCUGGUCUACGACAAUGGGACGCUGGACAUCCACAUCACCACCGUGAAGGACACGGGCAACUUCACCUGCAUUGCUUCCAACCCAGCCGGGGAGGCCACCCAGUCGGUGGAUCUCCACAUCAUCAAGCUGCCCCACAUUGUGAACAGCACCAGCCACAUCCACGAGCCGGACCCGGGCUCCUCGGACAUCUCCACCUCCACCAAGUCCGGCUCCAACGCCAGCAGUAGCGGUGGCGGUGGCAGCAGUAAUGGGGAGGCCAAAGUGAGCCCGGACAAGAAGGUGGUGGUGGCUGAGGCCACGGCCUCCACUGUCUUGCUGAGGUUCAACUUCCAGAGGAAUAUCCCAGGGAUACGUAUGUUCCAGAUUCAGUACAACGGGACCUAUGAUGACUCGCUCGUCUACAGGAUGAUCCCUCCCACCAGCAAGACCUUCCUGGUGAACAACCUGGCUGCGGGGACCACCUACGACCUGUGCGUGCUGGCCAUCUACGACGACGGCAUCACCUCCCUGACGGCCACGCGGGUGGUGGGCUGCAUCCAGUUUGCCACGGAGCAGGACUAUGUCCGGUGCCACUUUAUGCAGUCGCAGUUCCUGGGGGGCACCAUGAUCAUCAUCAUCGGGGGCAUCAUCGUGGCCUCCGUCUUGGUCUUCAUCAUCAUCCUCAUGAUCCGGUACAAGGUGUGCAACAACGGUGGCGGUCCCGGUGGGGGCAGCGGAGGCGGGCACCACAAGGCCACCAAGGUCAGCAAUGUGUACUCGCAGACCAACGGGGCCCAGGGGCAGGGGCCGUCUGGGUCCAAGCAGGCUGCCGUGGGCCAUGAGGAGGAACUGAAGUGCUGCAAAGUUGGAGGCGACAGCACGGUGGUUGUGCCCUCGUCCUCGGACUCUUCCGGCCAGGACUCCUCAGGAGCUGGUGCUGCCGCUACCUCUGCGACGUUGCCUCACACGUGGACUGCGGGCCCUUCCGGCUCUCAGAAGCUGAAGCGCAAGUCCAUGCCAAAGCCCGGUAGCGAGCUGCUGGUGCAGUCGUGCGAGGGUGCCGGUGCCGCUUCCGCCUCCGCCGCCUCCUCCACCGGCCUGGAGUCCCAGAACACUAACCGGAACAACUCCACAGCACUGCAGCUGGCCGGGGCCCGGGGUUUGGACUGCGCCCGGGUGACGCCUUCCUCCAUGUACAGAAGAGCACAAGCCAAGCCAAGUAAGUUCCUCACCUUGCCGGCCGACCCCUCCCGGGCCAAGCGCCGGUACUCUUUGAACGGAGGGGAGGCGGUGGAGUACUACUGCCGCGUGAGCGCCUCCCCCUCCGCGCAGCAGCCGGGCGGAUUCUGGUCCAAGCGGAGCCUCUCCAUGAACGGGAUGCUGCUCCUGCCGGCAACGGGAGGCUCAGAGUCAGAUAGCGGCAAAGCGACUUUUUCCAGUUCUGAGUGGAUAUUGGAAAGCACUGUGUGACCGGUCUGCUGCGGUGUGUGGUGAUGGGUUUUUCUAAUUGAUUCAAAAGGGGGGACGGGCAGGGGGGAGUACGGAGGCGGCCCCCCACCGCCACCGCCUUCCCUUUCCAAACAUUGCCCGAGGACUCCCGCCCGAUUGAGCUGUCCAUGGGGGGCUUCCCGCCCUCCCCUCGUGUCCGUGCAAAGUUGUGCACAAGCCACUGAGCACCUCCACAUUCUUCCGUUUGGGUUUUCGUUUGGUUUAAUCUUCCCAAUGAAGGCAGAUCCUUAUCUAAAAAGGGAAAAAGCAUGAAAACAGCACCAGUGCCUUCCCCUCCCCUUGGAUUGGCAUUCUGGUCCCUCGCUGGCAGAUUGGGAACAAACGGGGCCUGGGCAAGGGAUCGGCUCCCCCCGCGCCAAACAACAACAACAACAACAACGGAUCUGUCAGUACGCAAAAAAAAGGGGGAAGAAAAGAGUAUUUUUCAAAAGCGGUUGAGUGUCUUUUUCUUUUCCUUUCCCAUUGACAAUGGUGUUGCCUUCGUUUUCCAGGCAGAUGCUGUACAAAACCAACAACUCUGUGUUGUUAUGUUGUGUAAAAUAAAAUUAUUCCAUCCAUA